GGGCUUCUGUGGAGGGCUCAGGCUGGCUUAGAGAUGCCAGUCAUGAGUCACGGAUCACCGCAAAGGAGAGGAUGAUGCGCUCCCCUGAUGGCAUCUGCCUGGUCGGUAUGAUCACGGGUACAGCACCAGGCAGCUAUAUUUCAUAUAAAAAGGCCUCCAGCAGAUCUAUCUUUAGAGUCACUGCUAGCACUCCAUCAAGGAAAUGAAGAGACGAAACGUUCUCUCUCUUUGCAAGCGCUGACUGAAUAUCCCGCUUCAUUAGCUGAAACCGAGCUUAGGGAUCUUCUUGCACGUUCAGCCUGGCCGCAUAGACGAUCGUAUAUUUUGAGCCGCAAUACGAACGAGGCGCUGAGCUGCAAGUAUAUAACUAACGGGUAUACUCGCUUGCUCGCUUGUAACUUUGUACCUGCAACUGUUACUCCUGCGGCCACAUCUAUCAAUCUCCCCAGCGGUCGUCAAAUCAUCCUAUAAUACUUUGUUCAAAUAUGCGUUGAAAGCAUUUCCUUCCUCGGGAAUAAAUUACAAUAUUAUGGUUGAGCGAGUCGAGUGUUAUUUGCUUCCACGAAGUGAAUGGAAGAUCCGGACGCCCUCGGCCACGCCUCCAGUCGAAGAAACUAAGAUGUCUCAAAGGGUUUCACCUGUCUCCGCAACUGCUACGUCACCACGGCCGAGAUUGGCCGUCAAGCGCGCUCACGAUCCUCCAAGAAACCAGGACGGAAAUAUCUUUUGCGACCACCCUGAUUGUCAUACUAAUCCUCCUGUCUUUCGCCGUCCAUGUGAAUGGAAGUAAGUCGAUCUCUCUUGUGUUCUUGUUUUUGAACAUAAAGCUGAUAUAUCCACAUAGUAAACAUAUGGACAAGCAUGAUAGACCGUAUAAAUGCAAUGAUCCAGAUUGUGCAAAGCUACCGGGCUUCACGUACUCCGGUGGACUGCUCCGACAUCAGCGAGAAGUGCACCGGAUGCACACGCAGGGGAAGAAAUUGAUGUGUCCUUAUUCUGACUGUAACCGAAGUUCCGGCAAAGGUUUCACCAGGCAGGAGAACCUGAAGGAACAUAUUCGCCGUCUUCACAGGUCUGAAGACAUUCCUUUCACACUCAAUAAUACCACUUUACCGCCCCUCUCUCGGACUUCCACCAGCACUCUCAUUAUUGCCGGUAUAUCGGCACCCGCCACUGCUCCGGCAGCAGCUAAUGACCCUCGAGUCUUACCCCCCAUUUCAUUACCAAUGCACCAUCCGUCAAAACGAAAGCGGAACUCCGCUACGUCUUCCGCUUAUGUAUCUGAAGAUGAGACGGCUCCCGAGGUACGUGCCUUACGGGAUGAGGUGUCGUAUCUACGCCGCGAACUGGAAUACAAAGGCACACAAAUAGACGAAUUACAACGAGAAAUGAGAGAACUACGGCGGUUACUUCAGCAUCCAUAAUUCCCCAUGAAAUCAGCACUAAUGUUACAUUUCAAAUUCUCCUGCUUUUGCAUAUUCCCUUUGUCCCCACUCCCUCACCCUUGCGGCUCUCUGAGCAUGGUCCUGCUGCAAGGCGUUCACUGCCAAACACCCCUGGUCUGAAAUAAGGGGCUUUUUCUCCUCUAAUAUGAGUGACUUUUAUUGUUGCAUAGCAUGGCAAGCGUAAAUUUAUAUAACCAAGCCCCUCUAUCUUCCAUCACAUUGCCUACAGAGUAUUAAUACAUUGAAUACGGCCCUUUCCUGCGCUGUUCCACACUGGUGUUUGACGAGACUGUAAAUAUGAUAGAAAUAGACACCUAAAUAGAUCCUUCAGAUGAUAUACAUAUUCCUAUAUAAGGUACCUGCACUCCAUACGUUUCCAGUGGUUGAAGGUCAUUAUCGGGCGAGCCAACCGACCUGCAGGAAUCCUUGUGGAAUUGGGCGUGGUCUCUGUUUCACUCUCAAGUAGCCGCAAGACACGAGCUGCAGAGCCUCAUCUUCCAUGGCGGCUUAGCUAGCCCGAUGCAGGCACCAGCCUCGUAUA